AGGCAAGCGGACAAAGUGGGUGUUCUCCAGGCUCGUUCAGGAAAUACCGAUAACCUUUUUUUUUCAUCAAGAGAAACUUAGUUGAACGACAUUCCUCUUAGCUGUAUAAACAAAGUCACAUAUUUGAUAAAUAUGUAUACUCACAUCAUGUACACAUAUUUUGCUCUUGGAUACGCUGGGACACGUUUAGCCCUGGGAAAGUCAACACAUGCACAUUGGAGACAUUCACUAGCUGUGUUUUGAAAGAUUCUGUGCAGAUUCUCGUGGAUAUGAUCUCACAUGCUAUAUUUUACGGAACUGAUGAGUUGCUUGCGGAUCUCAUUGUUCUAUAGGAGAACAAUAUACCAGAAAAUCACAUCAGCAUGGGAGUGACUGGAUUUAAUGGCAUUGACUGUGGACAUGGUGCAGAAAGUAUUCCAUUGAUUAUUCUAAUGGAAAUACUGUCAAUAUCCCCCACUUAACUGCGCUUGUAGUUUCACCCACUUGGCUAAAAUGGAAUAAAGUUUGUGGGAAAUCAUACUAGGACAGGAAUUAAAAACAUGCACCCUGGUAUAGGGUUUAAUUCACAGUUGAUAGUCACAAAAAUUGAUCAUUUCUGGUGUGGCAUUCUAUGACUAAAGUCGUUUGUCAGAUAGAAACAUGAUUUUUGGCUUACUGUUAUGCUAUUACAAGAUUGACAAACUACAAAGAUAAAACUGAUGAGCACCAAAUGACUUUAGAUAGCUCUUUCUUUGCCCUUUUUAACCUGUACAAUAUUCUAUACUCUAUUGUCUGGUAACCAAACGACAACUUGGUGUGACCUACUUUCCUACUUUUUAGUAACUGAAGCCAGGCCUGAAUGUGGUUUAGAUCUCAUUACAUUCCAUUUGAACACUUUUGGAGAAGGAAGAAAAAAAUCAUGUGUUGUUUUCAUUAUAGAUUUACAUGAAUGUACAGUAUGUUAUUAGUCCUGGCAAAGGUCUUCGUUUUACUUGAUGCCCUUCUGGUAUGGUAUUACAUCCCAUCUGGAGUCUAUUAAGGCAAGAAAAGGCAGCAUCCAAGACAUAGACAAAGCAGCACCUGCAAAAUGCGUACACACCAAAAAAAAUAUUGCAAAAUUCACACAAAUGAAAAGGCAUUACUUUUAACUAUUUUAUUCAUGCAGUCAUUUGUAUAUAACAACCAUGCUUUAGCCAAUAGGAGAACAGUAUCUAGUGUGAUGGAUGGCAAUGCAUGUUUAAGAUUAAGUGCAACUGGUCAAAUACGAAAAAAUGCCAAAUUUGUGCAACCACGUAUACAACACACAACUUGUACGUAUAUGUAGUAAGUAUUAAUUUAUUGCACAAGUUAAGCAUAUUACACAUACCAUUACCGCGAUUUUAAAAUGUGUUGAAAAUAACGUACAGCCAGACUCUAAACAAUUUAACUAAAAUAAUGACUGGACUGAUACUUAUUUUUGAAAGUUCUCAGUUCAAUCAUAUAUUAAAACGAAAUUUAUGUUAUAGAUUUUCUACUACUAAAUUUAAAAUGGGAAAUAAUGAGAGCUACAACAUUGUUUAUAUAUAAAUACUAAAGAGAUCAUUAAUACAAAAGUUGUUUCUCUUUCUUUAGUAAUUUGGCUUAUCAGUAAUCGUUUUUGUUGAAUUCCCAUUCCCACGGCAAUGUUAUGUGUCACACACCUUUAGCCCCUUUCACAAACACCUGAACACCGUUUAAAUCCCGGGAUUUAAACAGGCAGCCCUUAUAUGUGAGAGCAAAUUUCCCGGGUCAACUGACACGGAGAUGACAUGAACAUUUUCCAAGUUGCAUCUUAGUAUAUUGUCUGGGACUUUCCUGGGAAGGGGUGUGUGUGUGAAAGCAGGCGUUAAAUUCCCGGGUCACAGCAAAAUGGCUGAUGAAGUAAAAAUCAUGGCGGGCUGAUCGUCACUUCCGCUUUCUUCGCAGUAAGAAGAAAAGCGGUUGACAAACAUCGCAAUUAUCAACAUAGCAAGCUGGAAGUAGCUAAAUUAAACUGAAAACAUAACGAAGUUAAAUUGGUACUGGAUCGUAGAGCCGAGGAAGAGAGCCCAUCGUCCAUCUUUGGAAGUAUGUGGUUUCUUUUGUUGCCGAUGUUCGGGUCCGCAACUGUGGAAACAUGGUUGUACCUCAAAUCAAAAAACAACAGAGGGAUGCGUUCAAAGGUUUAUUAAAUACAAACAAAAAUACACGUGAUCACGGAAAAGGGGAAAUAACACAAUGGGUCCGUGACAGUAGGUCAACGUGUAUCAAUAAUACUAACCUAAGCAGUAAGCAGAGAGCCGAUAAGACAAAACAAAUACACUCAAAUUCCAGCACAACGUAGGGGUUUUCAAAACAAGGGGGGCAGACGAACAAGCUAGCAAAUGCACGAAAUUCGAGAGUACAAGGUGUCGAAUGGCGCCCAGCAAGUUAAUAUCUCGGCACCCUUCUCUUGGAUUGCCUGGGCUUGAAUACAGUCUCGAUGAGCUUGAAUUGGCUGCAGGUACGACGUCGGGAACACUCCCUACCACAACCAGCUCCGUAACAAAACAUGAUAUCACCAAGAGAAUGCGACAGCCGAUGCCAACCAAAAAUGACGUAAUGUCCCGGUUAUAAAAUCCCGCCAGCAGCCCUCCCAGCACAGAGACCGUCGAGUCGGCAAAACAGGACACGUUUGUGAAAGUUUCUGCAUCAUUUCCGGGAUAUCUCUCCAUGUGAGAAGGCAAUUACGCGAGUAAAUCCCGCGUCUCCUUACACGGGAAUUUACCAGGACAUGUGUGUGAAUGGGGCUAAGUCUGAACAUGUUAAAUUGAGAAAUUUUCCCCAACUUCACUCAUCUUUGAGUGACAUAAAUGUUGUUCCAAUUUUCAGCACUACAUUUUUGUCACUCGACCAAGUUGUGAUGUGCUGUGCGUUCACACAGCUUCAUUCUACAAUCUUCUUUACUUUUGAAAGCGCGCUAGUCGCUAAUCCUCCAACAGCGUAGAUAGAUGUUGACCUGCCAAGUUGAAACCCACCUCUAUGUGAGCUCAAGUCACACUUUCAUAAUUUCAAUAAACUUGCUAAAAUAGGCUACCUCCCUUAAAGGAUGCUCAUGUGUCUGAGAGGAUCUAACGUGGGGGAAUCUCGCAACAAACCAGCUCAGAAUCGAGCCUCAUGCACCUCUCGCAGCCACACACACCGAUAAGCCUGUGGAGCUGUACUUUCUGUCGGUAUUUACUGUAAGCUCCCUACUUACUAUGAUCAGCUGCAACGGGCAGUUUGCAGUCUCUUGGCCCCCUGCUUGGACAGAUUAAAUGAGUAACAUGAAGCCCAUCAAGGAUCCUAUUGUCAGUGUUAAAUCUAACAAGGAUGACCACAAUACAUCUCCAGCUCAUUCCACUUUUGCUCGCUUUCUGUUAGAGGUUAGUUUCUGUUAGUUGUUGCAAAGGGAAAGGAAGACGCAUCACAGACAUUUAGUCAUCAAUACAUAGCACAAUACUGAUUUAUGUGCACAAUGAAAACCCUAGGUAUUUUUUUUUGUUUAUAAGUGAAGUGCAACCAUGUAGACAAGAACUGUUAAAACUCACGUGUGAAAAAAAAAAAAUUACACAGUACAGUCUAAUCAAUCUAGCGCGGGCACAGUAGUCUCUCGGGGCGGGCCCGGCCCCCUAAUGCGCAUGCCUCCGGGUCUGGGGGUGGAGCGUAUACUUUUGUAAAGGCACGCUAGUAUCAUCUCUCUCUCCCUGGCUUUCUAAGGCAAUAAGAAAUUGACGUGUUCCAGUGCAAUUCCUCCUUACAAUAUAUGCAGGACAUUUCAUAUCUAUCUGUCUCUCUCUCUUACUACUUUCAAAUUUAAAGGGCAACUGAAGAGCUUUUCGGAUUUCGCUCUUAAGUGUUUUACUCAGUUGAACUGUAUUAAAUGCAUCAUUCGCUGUCUCACAGUCACAUAAAAAAAAAAAAAAAAAAAUUUGACCGCGUAGUUUUUUAGUUAUGGCCAUAGCAACACCAUAGCAACGAGGGAUGCGCCGUCCUGCCGACCGCUACCUCAUGACGUAACUUCCAGGAAGCCUCGCCACCACUCUGAACACGGAAAUAUAGCACCACGCUAUCCUCGCCAUAUAUUGCAAACAUUUUCUGGGUUUUACUCGCGGGAUUCGUCAUGCCAUCUCGAUGUGUAGCGAUGAAUUGCUCACAGGAAGACUCGAGACUCUAGGAGUGGUCAAAAAAAACUUCUCCUGCAAAGGUUUGGACCGUUUUUGUGAGUAUGCAUACAGGUCCCCAAUCGGCUCAUUGUUUUCCUCAUUUCAGCGACGACAGCUUUGAAAACCUACAACAAUGCAACCUUGGUUUUACAAAGACGUAAGUAGAACAUUACUAGGUUUUUUUGAUAAACGAGGGGGACUCCUACAGCCUGUUUGUUGAAGUGCGACAUUUUUUUGUUGUUGCUGUUGGCCUGUCAUAAGUAGAUAGGUUGGCUGACAUGUCGUCUACUCAUGUGAUUUUAUUACUAUAUCAAUAGGUAUUAUGUAAAUUCAAAUGUCCCCAGCACCAAAUAGGUCCUUGGCUCGUUGUUUUUUGGCCUGUCACAGGGCAGAUAUAAAGCCUAUAACAUCAAAACAAUCCACCUGUCAGGCCCUAAUGUAUCAAAUACAUCUCAAUAAAACAAUAACUUGUUAUCCUUCAACAUCAAGGUCUGCCUAUUUGAAGAGGGAACAAUAGCAUCAAAUAGAUGAUGCUUUGACUGGGGCAUUAUUAUUUGAUCACCAAGAAAUUAUUAUUAAAUUAAAAUUAGGAUUCAUCCAAUAUUUUCAUGCUGCUGUGAUUUUUUUUUUUUCCCCAGGAAGCCAAACAUAAAAAAUUAAGUGGCGGAAACCCACAACACGAUGAAAAAGCGUUGCAAGUCAGUCGCCACCCAGUUUCCCAAAAUCAAGAGAGAGUGGGUCGAGUCAUAUGAUGACCCAAGUGAUGCGGUGUCCAGCGAUGACGACUGAAGAGAUCCUAUGAGGCCUGCCAGAUGCUGAAUUUCUUCCAUCUGCGACAUCAGAUGACGAUGACUUAGGAGAAAUAAAUGUAGCAAAUUUUGAUGACAUGAAAUCAUAAACUAGUCAUAUAUACAGUACACAUUUUUUAAAAGAAAAAUCUAGUUACCUUCAUAUAUAAUACAUAUUUAUCAUAUAAAUACAUAUUUCCCACUGCCAUUAUCAUUUUUCAAUGUUGCGCUAAUCCGUUGCUAUCCUAACUUUGUUUUGCUUACUAAAUUUAUGGUCUUUGAUGUGUGCCAUUGUGUGCUUGGUAUAACUUAGCUCAUAUGUUGUGUCACAAUCUGACAGCGAAAGCUGAUGCUGAUUUAACAUAAAUCUGGUAUCAUUUAUUAUUGUGGCCUUUUGAAUAUUUUUUCAGAAUGUAAUAUAAUUACAAUAUAUUAUAUACCAAUAGAAUACAUUAAACAGUCAACAAAAUGUGUCAAUGUUGUUUACAAUUUAUGGUUUUAUUUUUUUAAUGUAAUUCAUGCCCCUGUCAGUGCUUCAGCCUCCUCAAGUUUGGCUCUCACGUCUGGGAUCUCCUGACGACACAGGCAUAAUGUUGGAAGGGUAAUUACUUGACGGUUUACAGCAACACCUGGAAAAUAAAAUCGUUUUGUCAUUUAUUUUGAAAAAUCAAUAACAUAUCAUUCAUUUAGCCACAUUUGGGCUAGCUUUACCAUAUUUAGAUCGGUAGGAGCUGUCCCAUUACCUAAUAUCCAGUUUUAGCUAUGUGGAGAGCAUGGGAAAAUAAACAACCAUGUAAUCACAUUCUCUCUCAUAAAAAAAUCACGAUGCUGGAUUUAGGUUUACCACUCACUCUCCCGUUCGUGAAGUGUCGAGCUGUCAAAUGGCGUCAUGACGCCAUCUGCUGUGUCAAGUAAAUCACUGUCAUCUCACGCCUCAGGUUCAAACAUGUAGGGAUUAAUUGUAGUUCAUCUUUCCUGGGAGCCUUUGCCAUCGGUAGCGUCACGAAAGAGCGAUCCUAACAUAGUUGUUGCUGCUAUGCUAGCUGUGGGUAGUCUUCUGUUGCCUACGUCACACUUCCGGGUUUGCGGAGGGACCAUUAACUGAGUGCAAAAAAACUAAAAAAAAACGCAAAUUAUCCUUACAAUUACGUGUUGAUAAUGUCAUGGUUGUUUUGACGAACUCGUCCAAAGUUUAUAUUUGUAAAAUUACACCAAAAUCCGGAAAGGUCUUCUGUUGCCCUUUAAUACAAAAGACAACAAAGGAGAAAAAUAACACGAAACCAACAUCAAAGUGAUGAGAAAAGAAUGCAGAGGCGAAGCAUAUCACAUCAUGUGACAAGUAUGAUAGCGGAUACUUGGUCUUUACUAAUGGAAAGGGUUCACAGGUGUUUAUAUGACUCUUGACAGAUUAUUUAAAGGGCAAUAGGGGGAUCGGAAAAGCAUGGCUCCACAGCUGCAUGUGGCUUCUCAGUCCUUCUUUGGAAAAUACAAAUACAAAAUGAGUAUUUGAUUUGAUUCCAGUUUGUGUACUUCAUUUUUAAGGAUUAUGGUAAAUUUAUCAUGUUAAAAUAAUAGUAAUACUUUUGACUCGGAUGGGCGAAUGAAAAUUCAUUCAUUAGCCCCUUUCACAGGGUACCCGUGGGGUCUUAAGUCUUAAAAGCAUUGAAUUUAUGAAUUUGGAAAUAAUACCUUUAAAAGUCUUGAAAAAGUAUUGAUUUUUUAUAUCUGGGUAUUAAAAUUUAUGAUGUAUGUAACUUGUCCGUGUCAUAUGCAAAAAAACAAAAAAAAAAGAUUCAGCUGGGUACAAUGGGCAUGAAGGCACUAGAGUCCCAUGCUAAAUGAUUUAGCAUACGAUUUAGCCUAAAUCAUCCAAGUACAUAACAUCCAGACGAGGAAAGAAACUCCCUCCAUUGCCGUUAUUUUUCAAUCUGCCUGUAUAAGACGGCUAGCUGCUCACGAGACAGAAGCUAAAGCCAGCCAGCAUGCUGCUAAUGUAAGCAAAGUGACAGCAGCUAACACUAGCCAGCCAGCUGCUAGUGCCGCAGCCCCCCUGCAUACCAGCCCAGCUAAGAUUGCUAGUGGAUUUGCGAAAGUGGAUCUACGUACAUGGUUAGGGUCCACAGCAACCAUGAAAGCAAGUGUUGUGGUUGCCCAAGAGUUUUAAGAUGACGCUCGCCAUGCUACAUGCUAAUGCUAACGAGAACACCUCUACUUGGCCUGUGGUCUGUGUCUGCGCUGUGGUGGUGUCGUGUGACUAGCCUAUUCAAUACGCUGCAUUCUUAGAUCCUGCACACAUUCCACAUUUCCACUUUCGAGAAAUAACCCAAAUUCACUUUUUUUUCCCGUUGUCGAUAUGGCUGUGAAAUAGGUAUUACGUUUUUUAAAAACGGUCUUAAUUAAGUCUUAAAAAGUCAUAAAUUUAACUUGAGGAAACCUGUAGGAACCCUGCUUCCAGUCAAAAUGACUUGGACUUCUUGUUCAGUCAAUGGCACUCAAUUAGUUAACAAAGGAAAAUGCAAAAAUAUCCUCCAUUACCAUUACUAUCAAAAGUAGUGCAAAAUCAAAUUUACCCUCAUGACAAUAAAUUUCUUUUGAACUGUGAUUGUGCAAAUGAGUACUGAUACUUUUCAAUCAAUCAAUCUAAUUUAUUUGUAUAGCCCUUUACAAAACCUGAAAGCUCCCCAAAGUGCUUUACAACAAAGACAAACAUGUCUCAAGUGAAAUAGAAGGCAGGAAAGUAUUAUACAAUGACAUUAAUAAUAAAUAAAUAAAUGAAUAAAUAAAACAAAAACAGGGCAUCGCGAUAAAAGUCAGACAGCAAAUCAGUGUGGCCACCCCACUGGCCACCCCGCUUGCCAGUACAUCAUUAGAUUGUUGUAGCAUCAGUUAUGCAUUUCAUCCCAAAUGAAUGCUUUUAUUUUGUUUUGUUAAAUGUAAGGCUGUAAAAUUGAUUGCGUUAACGGGCAGUAAUUAAUUUUUUAAAAUUAAUCACGUGAAAAUAUUCAUCGCAAUUAACGCAUUCGCGGUACGACUCAUUCACGCAUUGCCGCAAACAGCCUACAAUGGCGCCGUUUUACUUUUGAGGCAGAGUGGAGUAAAUACAAGCAUUCAUUGGGGCCGUGCUUUUAAUUGGCAAAAGCUUUGUCAUCUCUCCCACAGCAACUAUAAAUAUUGAGGGAAGCGAGGUGGGGAAGAAUGACAGCAGUUGAUCUUUUUCUUAACACCCUGUAGUGUACCCAGCGCAGAGAAGAUGCAACAUUUGCAGCCACCACACAGUCAUGGUUGCACCACUUCCCAUCAUGCAUUUGGGCAGAACAGUUAGGUCGCUUCAGUAUCAUUAACUGAAAGCUCAACAAAUACACUAGAUGGCAAUAUUUAGUCACAAUAUACAAACUCACAUUUAUCCUUUGAGAAUUACAAGUCUUUCUAUCCGUGGAUCCCUUUCACAGAAAGAAUGUUAAUAAAGUUAAUGCCAUCUUGUGGAUUUAUUUUUAUAAUAAACAAAUACAGUACUUAUGUACAGUAUAUUGAAUGUAUAUAUCCGUCUUAUCUUUCCAUUCCAACAAUAAUUUACACUAAAAUAUGGCAUAUUUUAGAGAUGGUUUGAAUGGCGAUUAAUUAUGAUUAAUUAAUUUUUAAGCUGUGAUUAACUCGAUUAAAAAUUUUAAUCGUUUGACAGCCCUAGUUAAAUGCACAACUUUCACCUAAUAUAUACAUAACACAAUAAAACAGAAUUGUUGUGGAACUCAAAAUGUUGACUGGACAGUUAUGGACUAAGCACAUUAAAUCAUUAGUAACAUCAAAUAUUACACAAUACACCAAAGUAUAUCAGUUUCCGUGUCCUUAAGUCUUUCUGAUAGUUUUCCCCUGACCUUUUUACUGCAAUAAUAUAAUGAAAACCUGAAAUUAUGGCUUUUAGUUUUUGCCACCCCAACAUUUUAAGUGGCCCCAUCUGGCCACCCCUAUGAAAAGUUUCUGGAGGCGCCACUGCAGCAAAUAAAACAAUAUAACAGUAAAAAAUUAAAAACCCUUAAGAAAUAAAACAUAAAACCAGGCUACCCCAAUCUGUGUGUUUUUAACCGAGACUUAAAAGGAAAUAGAGUCGUGGUGGUGCGGAUUUCAGGGGGACGGCUAUUCCACAACCCUGGAGGCAGCAACCGCAAAAGAUCUCGACCUAUUGCAAUCAAAAUUGUAUUCAGAUACAACAUUUUGGUAUCCAUACUUUUGAAAACCCUAAUAGUAAGUUAUGCUUGCUUAAGACAAAAUUGAGGGCAGUCAGACCUCCAGCAAGUGGAGCUGGAUAUGUGUGGACAAGUAUCCGGCUGUUGGACUUGUUGUAUGUAGUAUACACCAGUUAAGAAGACAUGAGAGGAAGUUUAGAGGGCAGUCUCGCCCUCCUCCCGCUGCAGCAUUACCAUCCAUGGUGACUGGGACGAGAGGAACGAGGCAUGCAGUCAGCCACUUAGUCAUGUAGUCAGUCCAUUGUUUCCCCUUUAGUUCAACACUGCACUGUAGCACUCAGGAUCGCUUGCAAAUAACCGGAGAAAGGAAAAAAGACAAAACUGUUUUGAAGACUCACAAAAUCCUGACUCACUUGAAAAGAAUUUGUGCUUCUGGGAUAUUGUGCAUACUGGAGCAGUUAAACUUGGCGUUCUUUCUUUCUGACCCGCUUUUUUCCCAACAUUUGGUUAAAGGGAAUUCUGUAUGUAAUUUGACGACAGUAAGGUUCCAUAAGUGGGAGUAACCUCAGAAGAUGGUUUGACUGCGAUGAGAGCGAUCAUCUCACACAGAGAGGCAACUUCUUUUUCAAGACUGAGAGAGAGAGGUCCCCAUUCUCUGAAGUUCAAAGAGGAUUCAACAGUUUAUAUUCUGCUGUUGGACAAACAAGAGGAAGAUUUAAUUUAUCAUUAACAAGACUUCAACAGCACGGCCGGAAUGUAUGGAUGCUUCAAGAGGAAAGAAUGAAACGGAGGAUGUCGCCGUGGGGAGCAAGCUUUGGAAGCGGGCGAAGCAGUGACCCUGCCGCCAUGGCAUCAGGACCUCCAGAUGUGAUGGCCAACCAGGAGCCUGCUGAGGUCUCAGAAGAGUGCUCAGGAAAGAAGAAGUCCAAGUUCCAGACUUUUAAAAACUUCUUUGCCAGGAAGAAGAAAAAGGAGUCUACUGGAGAUCGUGCAGAGCUCAAAGGCAGUCAGUCGAGUGACAAUAUCAGUAAAACGUCGCAAAACAAUACGCUCAGUCGCUCAGAGAAGGAGAAGGGGUCAAAGAUUAGCCUGGGCAGCAAGGCCUUGUCACACGACUCUGUCUUUGUCUCGGAUUCAUCUGAGGCCAACGAGGCUCUGGGGGCUUCUCAGGACAGCAUUCAUGGAAAAGUGAAAUCUCUUCAGCUUCAACUGAAGCAAGCCAUCAGACUGGGCUCCCCUCCGUCACUGAUGUGUGUGAAGAGGUCGGAAGAUGCCGGAACCAUGUCGGAGGACGACGGACUGCCCUGCAGUCCACCAGAGUACAUUUCACCUCAUGUCGCCAAGAAUCAGGCUCAGAGGAACAGCUCUAUUAGCCUAGAGGGAGUGGACAGUGAUGACGACAAGUUGUCUUGUGCUGCAUCCAGCAGAGUAGUGAGCCCUCUGGUGACUGUUCCGGGGGAUUUCAGCCAGCCUGCAAGCCCAUUCGGGUGUCUGGAUAACUCUGCAGCAAAACACAAGCUGGGUUUGAGACAGAAGGCCAACAACAAGAGGAAACCUGCCAAUAGGCUUGAGAUUAAGUCAGAGGAACACAAUGAGAUAAAUGGAUCAUUAAACAUCCCCUUCCCAGAGCGACAAGAGGAAGAGAAGAUAAUUGAUGCAAGUGGAGAUGAGUCAAAACAAAAGUUUAAGGAGGCAGAAGAAUGUCAAGAGAACAAGCAGCCUUUGUUGCAGGAAGCAAAAGAAAAAACGGAGUUGGAAAAAGAGCAGGAUAUAUCAAUUGCUCAAGACACUUCUUGUCAAUCAGAUUUUCUCGCUGCUGACACUCAGCCUUCACCUUCACCCCAACUCAGCACCAGAAGCUCCUACCUGGACACUCCUAGAACCACACCAGAGCCUCCUGCUGGUGAAAAAGACUUCCCAGAUCAUUCAAUUGUAAAUGGGAAUGAGGGGAACAUGGAAGGACCAGAUCUGGUCGAAGAUGAUGUACUGGGAGGUGUAGUAGCCGACAGCUCUUUCCUACAGGAAGUACUAAGCUCCCUGAAGACUUCUUGCACUCAAUGUGUGGACUCUGAAGAUGUAGUCCUGGAAAUGAAGGACCAGACAAAAGAUGAGAACAAGGAGACAGAAGAUGAAGAUGAGCCUGUGUUUGAUCUAGUUGCUCCUUGCGAUGCAGUCCUUAUGGAUCAGUCCAGCGAGGACGAGAAGGAGGAGAUCACCGCUUUAAGCAGUCCCUCUCCACAUGUUGAUGAAGUGGAGAAAAGUGAAGACGAGAAUGAAAAAGAAGAGGAAGAGGUGGAGGAAGAGGAACUUGUUGUGGAAAGAUUCGGUCAACCUUGUAUUCCCUCGGAGGACAUGGCAGACAUAAACGUACCUCAAGAAGCCAAACCUGAAGAACAAAAUGACUCACACAUAACAGAAUCCAACCACUCGGAGGAGCAGGAAACUGAGGCAAGUGAUGAAGAAGUGGAGGAAGAGAGUCAUGUGGUGAUGGUGGAAGAGGAAGUAGAGGAAAACCAGAAAUUAGAAGAAGAGACGGACGAAGAAUGGGAAAUACUUCCUGAUGAAACAAGCGAAGAGAUUUGCAGUGUCACUUUCAUGCAGGAGGAAAGGGAAUCUGUAAUUGUUGAUGCCACGAAUAACACACAAUACACACAUGAUGUUGAAACACAUCAAGAGUCAUGUGAUCAGGACUCCAGAAACGAAAGCCUGGCGUCUCCCAAUGAAAAUGACAGUGAAUGUAAAGCAAGGGAGGAGGGAGUGGAUGACGAUGAAGACUUUAAGCACACAGAGGUUCAUUCUGAGCCACAGGAAGAAGCAAACCUGGAGGAUGAAAAUGUGGAGCAGGAAGAAUUACUGGAGAUGGAAAAAGACCAAAUAUCACCUAUACCGUCUUCUUCUUCUCCACUCAUUGAAUCUCCUUUACAAGAACAUACAGUAACUCCCACUCCCAGUGAGAUCACCACUCUCCAUGAAACCACUUUUGCAAGUGAAUAUAAUACACCUAGAGAAAUCACUCCUCCUCCCGAAACGAACACUCGGACCACCGUUGUCCACAUGAAUCUUGUCUCUCCAACUUCAGAGUCAGUCACAUUUUCAUUUCAGCCCUCCCCAACGGAUGAAUGUACCAAAGUCUCAUCUUCAGAGCAACGUGCUGACGAAGAGACCUUCGAAACAGUGUCAGAGGUAGAAGAGCAAAUGGCUCACAUUUGUGCUCCAGCUGCUGUUACCGAAGACGCCAUGCCUCCUUCGUCUGAUAAUCAAAUAGUCAAACAGUCCCUCGAAGGCUCAAAUGAGAGCAAAGUUCGAUUCACCAUUGCCCCCGCCUGGCAGAGGUCCCUAUCUGAUGAGGAAGCAAAACAGACAUCAUCAGCCCCACUUCCAGGCGCUGACCCUGUAGCUGAGGAUAUGGAAGAGACCACCAAGAAAGACCUACCAUCAGACGCCCAGAUGGAGAAAUUUGUAAAAACAACAGUGGUCAGAGGCACUGCUACAAAGGCUGCUGUGGUCCAUGAAUCAGUCAAAGCUCAAACCUCAACUGUUCCAAGCAAAGAAGAGAGCUCUGCUGCGAUGGAGGGAAGCUACGACACUCCCUUUGGAGUUCGGCUGAGGAAGACUGCCGUUUUGCCCCGCUUCAGUUCAGAAGAGGAAAACACAGAGGAACCCACUGAGCCCCCAGUGCAGCCUGUUAGUUGUAAAGUUGAAGCAUCCAGUUUCAAACCCGCUAUAAGUCAAGCAGUCCUCACAAAACCUGCCCUUCCCAAGAAACCGGAUGUCCAUGGGGACACCGUGGUGAAAUCUAAGCGUGUUUCAGAGCCCGCACCAUCCCGUGGUGUCUCUGCUGAAUCUCAAGGUCCUAGCUGGAUCUCCAUGGCCAGACAGAAGCAGAAGAUCUACAAAGAAAAUUCACUGGAAGAGAUGACCGUCAAGAAGGAGGAACAAGACAGGAAGUCUUCACUGCCAGCGUAUGUCAGCUCGACAUCAAAAAAGGAACACCCUACCAAAGCACCUGAAUUUACUGGAAAAGUGAGUCUGCCAGAGAAGCCUUCAUCAACUCCAGAAAACGAAACUAGGAAGUCUGUAUCUCCUGUGACUCCAGUGCCACCUCAGCUUCCUAAAUCUGUAAACCCCAAGCCAGCACAUCCCUUGAUUAGCUCCAAAUCUGCACCCUCCCAUCGAUCUCUGCCCCCUCCUACACCUGUUCCGGUUGCCAUAAAACCUCAGUCUAUCUUGAACCCAUCCAAGCCCCCCCUAGAAUCCAAACCUCAGACCCAGAGCAUGAUCCUCACCUCGCCUCCUUUUUCAGCAAGAAUCAACCCUCCACUGCCGACGGCAAGAGUUGUGUCACUUUCCGGUCCGCCUCCUGUGUCUCCGCGCGGACUCGCACCUUCGUCUUUGCCCCAGGAUGAGCCACCGUGGAUGGCUUUGGCCAAAAAGAAGGCCAAAGCUUGGAGUGAGAUGCCUCAAAUAGUUCAGUGACAGAAAUGACACAAUACCCGGUACUCUGCUCUACAGUGUGAACAUUUAAAGACCCGAAAGGCUCACAUUUAAUGAUUUGUCUCUGCAAAGAGUCUGGAUGGACUACAAUUUAUUUGCACAUUAAUGAUAUGUAAUUGUCUUCUCGUGUAUUAGCAUGUCUGACACUAAUUCUUUAUUUCUAUAUGUUGUCCAGCAAUGACAGGGUAAUUUGUACCUCCAAAAUAGAUAUAGACUGAACUUAAGUUUUAUCCACACGUGUGCACUUUUAGCUGAUAAGAGAAGUGCCUGUUCAAGAGAAAAGGUGGUAUUAGGUAUAAUAUUUUGUGAAUGGCUAUUAUGGCCACUCAAGAUAAAAACGUAAAUUACCAAAGAAAGACAGUCACGUGCAUAAUCUCGUUAUGCUAUUAUAAUGACAUAUUUGUCAAGGAAAAGAGCAUUUUAAAGAAUGUCGAAAUUCCCACAGAAACAUGAAUGCAACAGUGUCAAACCUGCCAUACUUAACACUUAAUAGGUAAUUACAGUAUUGAUACCAAGUGUCAAAUGUUCUCUUGUUAAAACAGUACAGUCCUAAUAGAAAGACUACUCAUGUCUCGCUUCGCCUUUUCUCAUAAACUAGAUUUUUUUUUUCCCCCUCUUAUUUUUUCUCGUAAAAGCUCAAAUAUUCUUGUCAAAUUCAAAGUCUUUUUUUGUUUAACCUUAAUUUAUUCUCCUAAUUACAUAUUGUACAACUCUUCUUAAGUAAUUCUUAAGUCCCUAACAGGCAUUUUCUCAACAGGCCACCGUUACUUGUAGGUGCCCUGUGUAUUUUUAAGACAAUGGCCAUAAGAAAAAAAUCUUAACUCUUUCAGUGCCAUUGACGAUCAUAGACGCCCAAUCAUGUGGCUCUUUUCAUCUUUCUGCUGUGGAUUUCAAUGACUUUGUCACUAGUAGACAUCCAAUCCAUUUGAACUUGUAGGAGUGGCGGCGAAUAAACGAAUGUUCAUUUGCUCCCAGCCCACCGUCAGUGGCAGCCAAUGAGUUAAAAUGUUUGUUACAUGAAUUCUUUUCAGUUUUUUUUUUUUUUUUUUUGUACCGCAUCAUCAUGUUGGCAGCCUUUUGAGUGUUGCUUGAUAUCUAAUCACUACCAAAUGUACAGUGUGCUAAUGAUACAGAAAAUCUAAUAAAGAAGCAGCCAGCUAUUUGGAGAUUGAUGUUCAACGAGAGAUUCCAUUGGUAUCAGAUUGAUCUGUCUCAGUGUAGUUUAAUGUGUUUAUUUUAUGUUGCCUUUUAUUAUUUGUCGUAUCCGUAAAAGGUGCAGUAAACAAAAAAUGAAAUCUUACUGUGUUUUUAUGCCUCUAUGUAUCUGCCUGCUGUCUUUUCACAAAAGCAACAAUCAAGAUAUAAUGUGGGUUUGAACAUUUCAGUGCAUUUAAAGUGCGU